UUGGUUUAUGAACAAUAAUGGGGAGAGCUCCAUGCUGCGAAAAAGUUGGGUUGAAGAGAGGAAAGUGGACGGAAGAAGAAGACGAAAUCUUGAGGAAGUAUAUCCAAGUCAAUGGGACUGGCUCCUGGAGAUCCUUACCCAAGAAUGCAGGUUUAUUGAGGUGCGGCAAAAGUUGUAGAUUAAGAUGGAUUAACUAUUUAAGAAUGGAUUUGAAAAGAGGCAAUAUAUCUCAAGAAGAGGAGGAACUCAUCAUUAAGCUUCAUUCCACUUUGGGUAACAGGUGGUCACAAAUUGCAUGCCACUUUAAAGGAAGAACAGACAAUGAAAUAAAAAAUUAUUGGAACUCUCAUUUGGGUCGAAGAGCUUUGACGUCAUUUAGGUUUAAUCGAAACGAAACUGUACCCACGCCAGACACCACCCUUCCGCCAGCUCCGGCUAAGCGCAAAGGACGUGGUCGGACUAGCCGAGCUGCCAUGAAGAAAAACAAGCACAUGUAUAUCCGUCCCACUAAGCCAGAUCAACAAGUAACUAUUAUGACCAAUUUGAAUCAUUCCCAAACGGCCACACCAUUCCCAUUGGCCUUGGACGACGAGUCUGAAAAGGGGAAUCAAGCCAUAACAAAAGCAACAUCAAGUCCAAUUAAUGAUCGAAGUCCAAUAAUACAAAACAGUGACGUGUCUCUUUCCGGCGUGGUCCCUAUAUUUGCACAUGGAAAUUAUUCAUCCCAGCAAAAUUAUGAGGCCAUUUGUGUGUUUGGGAAGGAAGGGACAGACAUUGAGACAACAGAUUCGGCCAAUAGUUGCAUGGCUACUCUCUUGAUUGUUCAUUCGCAAGGGAGGAAUGUUGCUCAACAGCAUCAGAUGUCUUCUCCUCAACAGCAAAGGGGAGUUGCUGCUUCUCAGAAGCUUGACUAA